ACAGAGAGGGACCAUGGGAAUAAGAAUAGGAGGGAAAUGAGCGAGGGUUAAAAACAGAGUGAAAAAACUGGAGGGAGGAGGUUGUAAAAAUGGCAUGUUAAAAAGCUGCAUGAUGCUCUGACCUUGGCAUGAAAAACAAUGUUCAACCAAGCCAAGUUUAUAAAUGAACUCAUGAAGCAGAUUUAUCAGAGUCUUUAACAGCAAAAGACAUUAAUGCAUACAAAACUACAAUAAUCACCAGUUUUAACAGAGAAUCUGAACCUGUGGUGCCCAGAAAUACUGCAGGUAACUAGAUUUUGUGAGGAAUGCCGUGUUUAAUGAAGGACAGAAACAUCUGUAACACGCCUCUUGUGCUAUUCUCACUGCAGAAAAGAGGAGGGGGGAUGUCCUGGUUUAGGAAUCGUGACACAGCAUCUCUCCUCCUGGUGGAGAGCAGAACUACAGCCACGACCUCAAAAGCCCCGCAAGGAGAAAAUCCCACCCAAACAGAUGGAAGAGGCCACAUGUUGAAGACACAACAAAGAGUAGGCGAAUGUGUAAACGCAUUGCUAUAGUAACAAAUACCUGCACUGUUGUAGAAUUAUCGGCGUGAUUAUUAACAGUAAUAAGCUCUGCUGUGCUGUGAAUUUUAAUUAACCAGCUGUUCAGUUACAUGCAAUAAUUAUUCAUCUCUUUUAAUAUUGUUAACGAUACAUUUAGGCUUUGUUGUCUUUUCCUGUAAAAUAAUAAGUGAAUUUCUCAUAUAUCAUUAUCUGAGAACAACAGUGCAGGAAGAAACAAAAGCGGCUAUCUGUAAAGACAUCUUGAGAACACUGCAUUGUCUGUGACACAAGAUAGUUACAGAUUUAAUCAAUAACUGCUUGUAAUGUCCUUGCGGUUUGACGGAGUAAGAAACAAUCACAAAAAUCCCCCAACAGUUCAGUUUGUACUUGAGUUCAAAGAGAGAUUUUUAAGUGAAGUGAUAAGUGAAGCCGUCUUUACUGUUUUCGGCUGUUUGUCAGGUUUGUUGUCUUCAUUUCUAGAAAAGACAAACUGUCCCUUUCAUCUGCUGCACCGUUACACCGGCAGUUCAGUUACACCCAGCUGCUGACGGGCAGUUUCUGUUCUUGUGUGACUGGUGAGUGUGUGUGUGUGUGUGUGUGUGUAGGAAUGCAGUGGCUCAGUCAAAGUUAAUGUUUGGAGAUUCAUCUUGCCUUCCAGCUCUAUGCAUAAAUGCAGGGCUUUGCAGCAAUAUCCGUGUGCGUACAGGAUGUGUGUGUCUUUGUGACUGGCUAUAGCGUGUGCUGCUUGUGUGAUUUGCCUUUGCAGCAAAGGCCCCCGGUACUUCCAGGCGGUGCUGUACCCAAACAGAAGCGAGGCAGGCGGUGGGAUGUGGGGGACUUCAGUGGGAGCUGCAUGGACUCUGCUGCAGGCUGAGUCAUCGUAACAGUUGUGAUCGCACAAACUCCCCUGUGUACACUUUUUCCCACCCUGACAGCAGUCUGGCAAUCUGCACCAGGGCCGUUUUUGGCAGACGAGAUGCUUACAGGACCUGGGGAAAUGCAACACAGAAAGUAGAUCAUUAACUUCUCUUUCCAAUCUAAUUGAGCCACUUACGGCGCUGAUUUCCAGGCUGUUACUUGCUCUCCCUGUGACGCUAACAUAACUAGCCUAAGCAUCAGCAUUUUCCUGUUAGCAUCCCCAGUGUUUCCAUCAUCGUGGAUGAAUAGAUGACAGCAUUGUACACUAACAGCUGCUCUCUAAGUGACAAUAGUAGUUUUAUUAAUUGCUUCAGUUUAUAAAUAGUAUUUAUCAGGAUGCCUCUGUACUUUUUUGGACCACUAGAGGGCCAAAAAAGCAUAAAGACAGAUAGACAGGUAUGACCGGAUGCAAGUAAAUUAACACUCUUAUUAUGUGCCCUUUUUAAACGUGAGACUAAUAUUUCUAUUUUCUUUUGAUCUCGUCAGCUCAACCCUUCUACAUGUGAUACUCUAACUCUGUCAGACAGCUGUUUGCUGUUUUAUCAGAGUAUUUCUGCUGUAAAAUGGUUCAUCAUGAUCAGGUUACAUACUAUCCAUUCACUAUAGAGCCAGAGAGGUCCAGCCACUGAAAUGUUUCUUCCUCCUGCAGCAUCAUUGUUCUUGCUCUGUGCGGUCCAACAGCCCAAUGUCAUGAUCAUACGAAGAACGCUGGCGUCAAGCCCGGAAAUCCAUUAAUAUUAUAUUUUUGGAGUAUUGCAUUUCCCGUGGAGUAUAAUUUGAUUGUGAGGGGCUGGAGACAUCGACUUUGCCCGACAGCUCUGGGCUUCCAGGCUUCAUCAGCUCCUUUAUCUCUUGUCUCCACCACAUGUCCCCACAGUCGAGCAGAGGGCUGCUUUUACUGGCCCACCUCAUGCGUCCAUCAGAGUCUGAAAGCCUCUCACAGGUGGAAAGUCAACAGGGCCUGUCUUCCACCGCCACAGCUGCUAUAUAUAAAGCCUCUGGUAUGCUGGUUUGGCCUCACUGUUGGUCAGCCAGCGUGCAGCUUGGAAGGGCUGAGGGCUCCGUGUGUGGAAAAGCACGAUUAAACAUGACUGCCGUCCACCGUUUGGUUAUUGUCCGCCACGGCGAGAGCGCCUGGAACCAGGAGAACCGCUUCUGCGGCUGGUUCGAUGCCGACCUCAGUGAGAAGGGCGUGGAGGAGGCCAAGCGUGGAGCUCAGGCCAUCAAGGAUGCAGGCCUGAAGUUUGACGUGUGCUACACAUCCGUGCUGAAACGUGCCGUCAAGACCCUGUGGACCAUCAUGGAGGGCACGGACCAGAUGUGGCUGCCCGUGAUUCGUACCUGGCGUCUGAACGAGCGCCACUACGGAGGCCUCACUGGACUCAACAAGGCGGAGACGGCUGAAAAGCACGGCGAGGAGCAGGUGAAGGUUUGGCGUCGUUCCUUCGACAUCCCACCUCCACCCAUGGACAAGGACCACCCUUACCACAAGAUUAUCAGUGAGUCUCGGCGCUACAAGAACCUGAAGGCCGGUGAGCUGCCCACAUGUGAGUCACUGAAGGACACCAUCGCCCGAGCCCUGCCUUUCUGGAACGAAGUCAUCGCUCCUGAAAUCAAAGCUGGGAAGAACGUUAUCAUCGCCGCCCACGGCAACAGCCUCCGUGGCAUCGUCAAGCACUUAGAGGAUAUGUCUGAUGCAGCCAUCAUGGAACUGAACCUUCCCACAGGAAUCCCCAUCGUGUACGAGCUGGACGCAGACCUGAAGCCCGUCAAGCCCAUGUCAUUCCUCGGCGAUGAGGAGACCGUGAAGAAGGCCAUGGAGGCUGUGGCCGCCCAGGGCAAAGUGAAGAAGUAAGCCCGCCUCGGAGGCUCCAUGAGGAGGCAGAAAGACACUGUUACCCCUAUACCCUUCAGCUGUUCCCCCUCAUCCGUACGUCAAUCCUUGUAGUCCAUUCCAUCAGGGGAAAUGUUCCUUUGGAGACGGGCCACUUUCAGCACAACGGUCUCCUGUUUGCUUCAGUGAUAAGCAGACCUGUCGAUCCAAACAUUCACACACAGCUCAGCCCCUUUAAAGUGUAGUCAGGCCCUGUUUUGAGGCCCCCACCACACUGGCACAACCAAUAAACCAUGUUUUUACGUAG